GAUAGCCGUGAGGCGAUGAAGAGGUACAGGAACGGCGAGAUUUGGGACUUCGAGCACGAAAUGCCGGUGGUGGGUGGCAACGACGAGGUGGUUCUUGGGCUGGACGGCGGGACGACGUCGACGGUGUGUAUCUGCAUGCCCCUGCUCCGGGUCGCCGACCCUUUCCCCGACCCUUUGCCCGUUCUGGCCAGAGCCGUCGCGGGUUGCUCCAAUCACAACAGUGUCGGGGAAGCUGCUGCAAGGGAGACUGAGCAAGUUAUGGCAGAUGCUCUUGCUAAAUCUGGUUCUAAUCGAUCAGCUGUCCGGGCAGUUUGUCUAGCCGUGUCUGGUGUUAACCAUCCAACUGAUCAGCAGAGAAUAGUAAAUUGGCUCAGGGAGAUGUUCCCGAGCUAUGUUAGGCUCUAUGUUCAAAAUGAUGCUGUCGCAGCUCUGGCGAGUGGAACCCUGGGAAAGCUUCAUGGAUGUGUUUUAAUUGCUGGUACUGGCACCAUCGCUUAUGGAUUUACAGAAGAUGGAAGAGAAGCUCGGGCUGCUGGUGCGGGCCCCACCUUAGGUGACUGGGGAAGUGGUUAUGGAAUAGCUGCACAGGCAUUAACGGCAGUAAUUAGGGCUUAUGAUGGUCGUGGGCCAGAAACAAAUCUGACUUCCAGCAUAUUAGAGAAGAUUGGCCUUUCUUCCCCAGAUGAAUUAAUUGGGUGGACCUACGCAGAUCCAUCUUGGGCUCGCAUUGCAGCCCUUGUCCCAGUUGUGGUGUCUUGUGCAGAGGCAGGGGAUGAAGUCGCUAACAGGAUUUUAGUUGAAUCUGUCCAAGAGUUGGCUUUAAGUGUGAAAGCUGUUGUUGAAAGACUUCGUCUGUGUGGUGAAGAUGGAAAAGAUUCUUUCCCCCUUGUCAUGGUGGGUGGUGUUCUUGAAGCGAAGAAGAGGUGGGAUAUUGGCAAAGAAGUCAUAAACUGCAUCUCCAAGGAGUUCCCUGGAGUAUUUCCUAUCAGGCCAAAGGUGGAGCCUGCGGUUGGGGCAGCAUUGCUGGCUCGUAAUUUUUACAUGAAAGAAUUCUGCAAGGAGCUAUAGAAGUCCCAUUCUUGAAGAUUCGCUAGAGUCGACCCAAUUGUACAGUAGGAUAACAAUGAGGUUUUCUAGCGUUGCCAAAACACGAACACAUCGGACAGAGGAAACGACAAUUUGAGACGAAAACCGGUCCGAGUCUGGUGAAAGGGUUCAUAGGUUCCCUCUCCAUUCUCUCUCUCUCUCUCUCUGAGGUCAUUCUUUUCAGCAGAUAGUUUUUCACUUCCUGGGUGAAACAUGCUGCAACGCUACCGUGAGUCCAUGAUUGGUGAAAUUAGUCCGUGUGCUUGUAUUUGUUUUGCUGUCGAUGAUUAGUUUUGAUGCAUUUAAGCAUCCCUCUUGUCGCCA